GUGCCAUAAAUGGCAUCACGAAGCUGAACAUUCUUUCAGAUAAAAUCCAUAAUACACAACAAGAUAAGCCAAAUUAAAAGGAUAAAAACAUGUAAACAAUGACGUGAAAAUAAGUUGGUACUCCAAACGAAAUCACUUUCAGCAUAAGCUUCGGUGAUAUCUAUGAAAUUGAUGCAGGCCUGCAAGAACAUCACAACCAUCAUUACUUUAGACCAGAAAACAGCCGGCAUACUUUACCCUAGUAUCCCUCUGCUACUGUAGGAUACCUCACCGUUAACAAGGGCAUUUUAGUCAUUUAGUAUGAUGAAAGCCCGGGAGAUGUACCAGAAACUACCACCUUCAUUGUAAACCUCAGCAAACAACACCAAUGUACAGAACUGAAAAUUUUUACUCACAUUGCUCAUGAACAUGAAGAACUAAGACAACAAAGCUUUGUCUACCUUUCUUCUGCUGCUUAACAUGGACAUAAUGGUUCGGCUUCGUCCUAGGUUUUGUUCAUAUCUUCUUUUCUUAUUGAUUUUCUGUCUCCCUGUACUUUCUUUCUCUUCUGGCCACAAACGUCCUUCCAAAGGCAUCAUAAAUAAUUCUACAAUAUCUCCAAAUAGUUACCCUUCAAUUGCACCGGCUUUGACUCCGGCACCAUCAUCAAUUGAUCCAAUAUCAAUACCCCCACAUUUUGACCUCUCAAUUGCACCAGUUCAUGCAACAGCUUCAAACCCACCACCAUCAUCAACUAGAAAGGUUGUGAAGGCUGUUGCUGCCACAGCUGCUGUUUGUCUAUUUCUUGCCGGGAUUGCCUUUGUCUUCUUCUACCUGAUAUUUACAAGACGACGCCAGAAAAAUGAUAUCAAUACAGGCCACCAACGAGGCGAAGAUGCCAUGGUAGCUCCUAAAGAGUUUCAGGUAAAUGCUAAUAAUGUGAGAGGAUUAGUUAUGGAUGAAGAUGGGCAGAAUGUUCUUUAUAUGAAAAAAUCAGAAGAUGGGCAACUCAGAGUUACUUUCAGGAAGAUGAGGUUUAAUCCUAGUUAUGGAGAAGAGAUGGAAGAAGGAGGAGGAGGAGGAGGAGGAGCAAAGGAGAUGGAUGCCUCCAGAGGAUUGCUGGAAAAAUCUAAGCGGACAAGACGUUCAUUUAACCACAAAUCCUCUUAUACAAUUGAUUCCAAGAAAGUGAAGGAAUCAGUUACAAAAAAUCCAACUCUGUCUCAUGAAAUUGAAUCUUCAGUUACACCAAAGCCUGCACAACCUUCUAACCUUCCCAAAGUUAUUCCAAUGAAUCAAAUUCCACUUCCUCCUCCUCCCCCGCCCCCUAGAGAAAAGAAAGUCGCUGUGCCGCCACCAUCACCAUCACCACCACAACCUCCUGCUCCUCCUCCCCCUCCCCCUCCCCCUCCCCCUCCUCGUACUUCACAUCUUCCUCCACCUCCACCACUGCCACCAUCAAAAACUCUAGAGACAAAAAACUCUAUUCGACCACCAAGGGCUGGUGGUAUGAAUUUGCCAGUGAAAACACCAUCUGCACCAAAAGGAAAAGCAAAUAAUAAGAGCGCGGAGUUAGCUUCAACAGAAAAGGGUCUGAAAGGUACGGGUCAUGAUCAGAUGAAGCUGAAGCCAUUACACUGGGAUAAGGUUAAAGUUGAUGCCGAUCAUUCAUUAGUGUGGGAUCAGAUCAAUGAUGGGUCUCUCAGAGUCGACGAUGAUCAAAUGCAAGCUCUGUUCGGAUACACAACCUCUGGCAAACCUCCAGAUGGAAAUAAGGCCGGAUCAAGUUCAGGAAGUUCUAAUCCUGUCCCAUCUGCUAAAGUCUUUAUCCUCGAGCCUCGGAAGUCCCAGAACACAGCAAUCGUAAUAAAAUCUCUAGAAAAUUCGUGCAAGGAAAUCCUUGAUGCACUUCUUGAGGGCCAGGGACUCACUGUGGAGACCCUUGAAAAACUAGCCAAAAUUUCUCCAACCAAAGAAGAAGCCGCCAAAAUCAUGCAAUUCAGUGGCAAUCCAGCUAAACUUGCAGACGCUGAAUCAUUCCUAUACCGCAUUCUGAACCCGAUUCCUUCAGCGUUCAUCCGUAUCAAUGCAAUGCUUUUCAGAUCAAAUUACGAGCCAGAAAUUCUUCACCACAAGGAGUCCUUGCAAAUACUUGAAAUGGGUUGCAAGGAACUAAGAGCUCACGGGCUCUUCUUUAAACUCCUUGAAGCCAUUCUCAAGGCUGGCAAUAGAAUGAAUGCCGGAACCUCCAGAGGCAAUGCACAAGGUUUCAUCCUCAGUGCUCUUCGAAAUCUUUCUGACAUUAAAAGCACUGAUGGGAAAACAACACUACUUCAAUUUGUCGUGGAACAAGUGGCUCGAUCGGAGGGUAGACGUUGCAUGGCCAAUCAAAAUCAUAUAUUUGGCAGACCUGGCAGUGAACAAAGCAAAAGCAGAGAAUUAAAUUUGGAAAGAAAGACAGCAGAAGAGACAGAUAAAGAGUACCUAGUACUUGGCUUAUCAGAAGUGGGAGCUUUAAGGACUAAAUUUUCCAAUGUAAGGAAGGCAGCUACCAUAGAGUACAACAGCUUCAUCAAUACAUGUAACUCUCUGACAACCCAUGUUGCAGAAAACCAGAUGCUUGUGAAACAAUGCGCCAAUGGUGAGAGGGGAGGAUUUUUGAGAGAAAUGAAAGGGUUUUUGGAGGAGUGUGAGGAGGAGAUUAAGGUGGUGAAAGAGGAGCAAACAAUGGUCAUGGAACAUGUGAAGAGAACAACAGAUUAUUACCAGGCAGGGACUUCCAAAGACAUAGGAGAACACCCCCUCCAACUGUUUGUCAACGUGAAAGAUUUUCUUGAUAUGGUUGAUCGUGCUUGCACAGAUAUUUCUCAAAAGUUGCAGAAAAAGAGUAGGACAGUAAGUACAGGAUCAUCAAUCACGCUCACCCCCAACAAGAUCACAACUACAAUGACACCUGUGAGGUUUCCAGACUCCCGCUUACUUUUAAUGUCAGAUAUGUCUGGAUCAUCUUUCAGUGAAUCAGAUUUUGAUUUCUGAGAAAGAGAUGGCUAAUUUUCACAAAAUCUACCAAUGGAUGUUGAAAAUCAACAAAGUGUUCAUUCUUAAUAUGGUUAUAUUGUGGUGUCAAUCUUCUUGUUUACUUUUCAAUAUUAGUUUUACCAUCCUCGGCUUUCUUGUAAAAAACGUGUAAUGCUAUUUUUACGGAUCCAAUGUUUGUUGUCCCAAUUACCCCCAAUGCUGAAACUUGUUCUGUGGUACAAAAAAACAGAGAGGAUGAUUUAAAUACCAAUAACAGUAACCAGCCAUACAAGGUUAUAUUUCCUCAAUGGGGGAUACGAAAAUUUUUCAGCCAUCACAUCCAUAUAAGCAACAAACAUCAAAAUGUACAAGUUGAAUUUCAUCAAGCUAUUAGAUUAGGCAUUAUUCUUCCAGAUUACUAUUGUUAAUUCAGUUGAAGGACAAGGCAUCAUCAGUGAAGUUUUACAAGGUCAAAUACACUGCACAAGCAUGGAGAAAAGAGGAUGUAAUAUACCAUAACCAUUUGUUGUGUAUUGAAGACUACCACCUCUUAUCUCUUCACAUACCAACAUAGGUCCUCUGCAUCAGCAUAUGCACCAUAUAAAUAAAAACAGAACUCAUAAGAAAAGCAGGCUCAAUUCCCGGGGGCCAAAAGUGAUGAGCCUAUACCAAAAUCUGCGACUAUAAAACUAAGGCUGCAGAAACCAGUGUCUAACGCUAACUGAACAAGCAAGACAUGAAAAGAAAAGAGACGCAGAAACCAGAGUGUCUAACACUAACUAACUGAACAAGCAAGACAUGAAAAGAAAAGAGACUGAAUUAACCACCUAAACAGAGAGAGUUCCUACGACCUUACCUAUCAUGCUAGAGGAACGAGCCAGCCUGAAUGUCAGGCUAUGUCCAUGCAUACAAUUGGUUCUGCCUCCACAGAAUUAAGCACAUAGGAUUCCUGCACUCGAGAAUCCACUUGUGCCAGAA